AUGAUGGAAUUAUUGGUAUUGCCGGUAUUAGACAUUAUCGAAGAUGACGAUGUUGAAAUUGUCGAGUUUUUAAAUUAUCAACGACGUACGUACACAAUUCGUGUACGAAUUAACCAUAUGGAGUUUUGGGAUGAUCAAGACUUUAAAGUUAGAUUUAGAAUCUCCAAAGAAGUAGUUAUUGAAGUUUUAGGAUAUAUAAUAGAGCAAAUAUCUUCACAAUCAUAUAGAAAUCAUGCCGUAACAUCCAUAAACAAACUGCUUUUAACUUUACGAUUUUAUGCUACUGGGAAUUUUCUAAUAACUGCUUGA